GUUAAUAGGAAACGAGUUACAAUUUGCAACGACUCUAAUUGUGAAAAGAGACUGCCCGGAGUUUCUCAAAUAUGAAUACAUCUUCGCAAAAUCUGUUAAUGAUAAUCAAAAUGUGACUAGACUCAGAUAAUUGGCAGAUUAUUUAAGUUCUCUUAUUGGACUGUCUCUGUCUUUAGCCAUCCAAUUAUUAGCAUAUGCAUUAUGCUUUAUUAAAAUUCUAAUACAGUAUUAUAUCUAAAAAUUUAUGUUAAUCGUAUGUCUGCGCUUUCAAGCUUUUGCAAGAUGAUUGUUGGUAUAUGAUGCACUACGGAUACUAUUCAGCUUUAUUAAAAUUAUUUUGAUCAAAUGGGUGUUGACAUUAUCUGAUUUUCAGUGCCCUGCACCCGUCUUUUCAAUUUUCUUGGCUUUUAACACAAAAAAGUCUUGCUUGACUCUGUAUAAUGUAUAUGCUGAUUAUGUGUACAACUAGUAAAGAUAAUUGCUGUUAAAAAUAUUUUGAUCCUCUUACGGUAGCAGAAGAAUAAAUAAACACAUCUUUGAAAAUCCAUCAUUCCUAUUUCGUUUAACCCUCUGGUUUUCAUAAAAAGUUUGACAAGUUUUGCUUUGUUUACCUGAGACCACUUUGGAAGUAUACUUAAUGCAAUGUUCAUAUUAAAGAAAUUGAAAGAAACCCUUCGUAAUGAAAAUGUGUUAUUAAUUUAUUUUUAUUUAUUGCUUAGCUAAUAAAACGAGUGAAGUAGCAACUGUAUUAUUGCUGAUCAGUCAAAAUGAUGUAUUUUAUUACUGUCGACAUUAUUUAUUUCAAUAAAUAAAAUUAGUCGAAAAAUGAAUGAAAAAUGUGUUCCCUUGAAACACAGAGUAUAACAUCAAACAGAUUAUAGUCUAGUUAUGUAAAAAAUGACGAAGAAUUAUAGUAGUUCAAAAGAUAGCUAAAUGAUUUUUACCUCUUGACAAUAUUGGCGCAUGCGCAGAUAGCCCCCGCCACUUCAACAUGGCGGAAAAAAUCUGUAAAUUCUGCUUUAAUAGAAGAAUUUUGCAGGUUUUGACAAAGUUUUAACGUAACAGUGAUCCGAUUUCUUUGAGAAUAGAGAAAGACAUUCUUGUCUUUCAAUUGCGCUGGUUACAGUCCUACAAAUUUGAAGUGUCAACGAUGUGGCCAAUGCUGCUUGAUUAUUCUCGUGAUGAGUGCAAACGUAUACUGCGUCGUCUUGAGCUUGAAGCAUACAGUGCCAUUAUAUCCGCUUUUCGUGCUCAAGGCGAUCUCUCUCGAGAGAAGAAAAAAGUGUUGCAAGAUCUUCAACAAAUGCUUAGCAUUUCUACAGAGCGGCAUCGUGCAGAGGUUCGACGUGCUGUAAAUGAUGAAAAAUUAACUACUGUUGCAGACAGCAACAGUGGUACUUCAGCUGCGUCAGAAUGGCUUAUAGAGGGACGACGACUAGUUCCACUGUUGCCUCGACUAGUGCCACAAACAGCUUUCACUCAGACUGCAACACAAGCAGCAAAGGAAGUGGCUGAGAAGAAUGCACAGCUCAUGAAUCCAGCUUUAACAGGAAAUAAAGAAUUGGCAAAUCAGAGUUCUACCUCCACUCCAGCAUCCAUCCAUACAUCACCUGCAGCAAAGCCUUCCAGGUCAUCUAGUCCCACAUCGAAUGUGGUUGUAUUGCCUAGUGGUACUUCUAUUCAUAUCAAAGGUAUGCUAAAUCAGGAAGAAGAAGAUGAGCCACAAGGUCGUCGGCAGCGCAGGAGCCUCUCGAUUGAUGGUCUGGGAGCAGCCACUGUCUCCACGCAAACCCAGACAGCUCGUGUUUCCUAUACCACUGCUUCAAGUACUCCAGGCAGUGCAUCACCGGUUAAAAUCACAAUCAGUAAAAGUCCUCAAGGGAGAACCAUUGUUUCUCAGCCUGGUGGGCAGCCUCCAAAGGUGAUCCUUGUGACAAGUUCUGGCCAGUCUUCAGGCUCUAGUGUCUUCCAGCGAUCCAUGUCCGUUCCCGUCAUUCGUGCCUCGACUUCCACGGCCACCUCCCAGACUGGUGCAACUCGCACAUCUAUCAUUAUUCCAGGCAGUCCAGGCAUUGCCCAGGCCAACAACAGUGUGGGAGGAGUUGUUACUGUGACUACUACUUCAAUCACAACUUCUUCCUCUGCUACAGUUACAAUGCCAACAUCAGUUGUGGGAUCAUCACCUGUGUUUAGUCCAUCCGUGAACAUUGCAAAGCCACGGCCAAAAGUGGUUCCCAGGCAACGCUUUCCACAGCCUCAGCCCAAACCAGGAGUUGUCAUCCCCAUGGGACCAACAAGCUCACAACCGGUGCCACCAUCUCCUCAGAGCAUCCAUAACAUACAGGUGAAGACAUUGCCCAAGCCACAACCCAUCCAGAUCAAGCAGGAGGGAGGUAUGAAGAUUAUAACUCAGAGCAUGGCAGGAGCCAGCAAGAUUCUGCCCAAACCAGCCCAGCUAACUGGCUCUCCUGGAACACCUGUGGUGGUUGUCAAUGCUGGGUCUUCAUCAUCAUCUGGAAACACCACUGUCACCAUGGUUCCCAAGUCUGUUGGCAGCUACACCACAGCAUCUGGUGGUAAGGUACUCAACAUUACUACACCAGGGGGGCGGGUAAUCGCCACAACAUCCAAAGCUUCAAAUGUUGUCACUGUCAAUCCCAAGACGUUGCAUCUUACAGCAGUCAAGUCGGCAGCAGGAGGCACUACAGUGUCAAAACCAAAUGUGAUUGUGGUGCAAAAGACUCAGCCUAGACGUCCACCACUACCAACUCAGCUGCCUAAGGGUGGAACUACUGUUAUCACCAACCCUGCAGCUUUUGAAAAGGAAUUGGCCAACUUCAUUCAGAAAGAGUCAGGGCGCCAAGUGUCUGUUAGCAUCUCCCCAAGUAGCAAUGUUGGCACAAUUACAGGUGUUGGUGGUCGAGUUCCAGAGCACCGAGUCAUCAUUACAACUGCUGGUAAUGUGGAUGCUAGCAGACAGGGAGUACCUCAGAGGCCAGUAGUGGAAGCCGAAGCCAGGACAUCAUCUUUGCUAGCUGAACUCAUACAGGCUGCUGGUAUUGUACCUGAAGGCAGUUCAGAAUCUUCGGGUGGUAUUGGAGCCAAUGAGUGGUUUGAAUAUGAUGUGACAGAAGAAGAGACAACUUCUGUGACUCCAGACUCAGCUGAUGCUACAGCCAUGCAGGCAUUGAUUGGACUUCAGAACAGUGGAGCUAAAAUUGUGAAUCGGAGCAGUAGUGCCCAUGAUCAGCAGGGGCCUGGCUCUCAAGAACAGUGUUACACUUUAGAACAAGCCAUGACCUUGCUGAACCAGGGUCACCAGGUCUCUGAUACUGACAUCGAAAAGGGGGUUCAAGGGCCGAAUCAGGUGGUCAGAAAAGCUAUAGUUCAUGCCAGCAAAAUAUCAGCUGUGAACAGUGGCCUUCCUGGGGGCAUGGCCCACCAGGUGCAGAAACCUCUGACGGACAGUGACUCUUUACCUUCUACCUCCAGCACUGACGUCAAAGUACAGCAAGGUGAACUGGAUCCACAGACUGGCCUUUUCUAUAGUUCUGUUUUACCAUCCACUGCUGCAGCUCAACCACAGGUCUCAAGCAGUGGUCAAGAGGACUCCGCAUUUCAAGCAGAUCGAUUGCCAAUCGUUUCUGUUUCAACACAUCUCCAGCAACCAGUUGCCCCGCAGACUGCUCUUCCUCAACCUUUAAUUGUGUCUGUGCCUGCCCAGCAUCCUGCUGUCACGCCACAGCCUAUGGACCUACUUAGCAGCUCUUUGGCGCAGGCACAGAUUGACUUGGAUUCCUACGAAUUCACAGAAGACGGGAGUGAGAACUAUGUCCCUGAAACAAACAUCAUGAAUGUUGUCAGUGAUGGGAACAGUGUGGAUAAUGCUUCUCAGCCAGCAUCAUCCACUGCUGAAGUGGUUGACUUUACCAGCAUCCUUCUAGGGGAGUCAGAUUCUCCAUCAGAAGAGAUUGAACAGACUGAUGCAGACAUCAUUCCUCAGUUGACACAACCUGCCUCACACCUGCCCCCUUCCACAGUAGCAUCUCUGCAGUCACCAUGGGCAGUGGCCAACAGACAAACAGCCUUCAUGCCUCUAGAGAACAUGAAAGAUAGCAGGACAGCCAGCAUCAAAAUCAUCGCUCACGAACAGCUACCUGUUGAUGCCUCAUCAUUUGUGCCAACGCAUAGCAGCAGCAAAAGUAGCACCACGACAAAUGGCAGCUUCAUUACAAUGUCAUCAGGGGCCCUGGGACCGCUACCCUCUGCAUCAGUUUCUGUUUCUUCAUCUGUGGCUUCAGCCACCUCACUAGCAACACUUUCAUCGGCAGCAGCAGUUGUGGCUAAUGCACGCAAUGCCAACUCUAUCCAUGGUGCUUUGCCAGGUUCAGUGGCAUCAACUACAAUAACAAAACCAGAGGUUAUUCCUCUGACUGCUUCACGGACGUUUGUUUUAGAAAAUACUGUGCCAGUAAGCAUUGACCCCUUAUCUAGAAGGACAUUAACAGUUUCUAAACCUUUGACAGAAUUAACUGGGACAGUUCGUUUAGUGCAUGAUGGACAUACACAAUCAGAAGUGGACACUCAGCGACAAUUAGAUAUAGCUGUUUUAUCACCUGAUGUGCCAGUGUCAUCCACAGCAGACUUUUCUUCAACAGGAGAUGAUGAGGUGAACUUGAUUUCCAUCCCUGAUGCAGGCACAGCAGAAAUUGCCGGUGAUGGGCUUGACCCCAAUAACUCUCAGAGGCAUAGCAAACGCAAACGGAAACCUCCUCCUGUCCUGGAAGAAGAUGCUGUUGGGUCAUCUGGGAGCAGCUGGGUCAGGGCAGCAUCUAACAUUCUGAUGAGAGUGAGUCGCUUCAGGGGAGCAAAUAGGGAAAAGGGGGAGCUUAAUGCAGCAGCCUGGUUUACACAGCCAGUCGAUCCAGCAGAUGCACCUGAUUACUACUCCAUUAUAAAGAAUCCCAUGGAUUUUGCUACCAUAAGGAAAAAACUCGAGAGUGGCCAGUACGCACAUUUUGAUGAUUUUCAUGCAGACAUGCUGUUGGUGCGCAGCAAUUGUUUCUUGUACAACCUGCCCAGCACUCUUGUUUGUCGAGACUGUGUGCAAGUAUUUAAUUUCUACCAGCAAGAAAUUGAUCGUCUUCUGGACAAAUCUACUAACAAGGCACACACAGGUUCUCCAGUCAAGAAAAUUAUUCGUUUGGAUAAAAGUCCAGGCAAAUCUUAACAGUGAUGCAUAAAAAGCAUAACAUUGGUUCAUCAAGAGCGAACACUGUGGCAGCUGCGGCCAAUGAAAGGGACAGCUGACGUUCAUUGUAGUGAUUCUGCCAAGAGGACAUUACUGCAGAAUAAUUUUUGCAUGGCACUGCAUCUAGUUAGUCUGUGUCAAGCAAACCUUGAAAAUAUGAAGCAUCUGAACAAGAUGGAAGAGCUGGAGGCCUACUUAUGGUGAAGGCUUGAACAGCUGAUUGUUUACAUGUGGCAGCUUAGUGAGGUGGGGGAGGAGAUCUCCACUUAAUAUAAAGGUGCAAAAGGAGCAACAGGAAGAGGAGUACAUGUUCGUUGCAGUUGCUAAUUCUUGUACUGACUGACUUUUGCACCUUGCCAAGCGAUGUGUAUUUACAUUUAAGCUGUUGACUUCUCCAGUCAGCUCCUGACUUGUAACCUGUGCAUUGAUUUCAUUUCUCUGGUUUGUUAUCAGGAAUUCCUUAUUCUGCACCCAUCUAUGGAAUGCAAACAAAUGUUCAGUAGAACUUCUGUUUCGAGCAAGUUUUCCCUUGUUGCACUUGUGUUUAUGUCUCUUGGAACAUUUUUUCUCCCCCGUUGCCAAAGUGAUUAUUUUAGGAGUAGAUGUGUUGGUGUUCAGGUAUCUUGUCUGUGAUUUUUGCAUCUUUGCAAGGUAAAGAUGUGGGAUAAAUGAGGAGAGCUGUAUCUAGAACACAAAAAUUCUUUCUUCUGUCUGUCCUUCUGUGGCUGUUACAUCCCAUGGGGGAAUAAGGAGUAACUACUUAUCUAAGAUUUUGUGAGUGGUAAUAUUGGGCUUAUUUUAAUUUGUUAUCUUCAAUGAAGGUAGUAGUUAUAUAGAUUUUGUUUUCUUCAAUCCUUUUAAGAUGCUUGGGUUGGGUGAGACCUGACAGGGUAAAGGGGUACUUCUUACAACUUGUUUUUUAAGAUGUAAAACUGAUAGUGCUCUGCUUUUGCAGCAAAUCUUUAAAAGCACCGGAUACCCUGAAGACAUUUUCAUGCAGCUUGUAAUGUGAUGGGUAUGUAAGGGAAAAGAUCAUCUGCUACUUUAAAGACAUUUGACAUUGAAAACUGACAUUAACAGUUGCAUCAUGCUGUUGGAAGAACUAGUACAGGCAUUACAUUAUGAAAUGUAAGAUUUGAAUGGAACCAGGGAUAGAUACCUUAAGAAGCCUUAAGAUAUGGGAAUGGUUCUUUUGUGUUUCAUUUUGAAUGGAUUUACUCUCUGUGUUAACACCUGUGGGAGAGAUUUGUAAUUAUCAGUUUGUAAUGUGGGACUGCAGACCAUAAAGAUUAAACUGAUCAAAGGCUGGACAGCUUCAGGUAGCAUCUUGUUAAUGUGAAGGAUUGUUUGGCCAUUUGCAAUAUUGCCAGAAUUAAAGAGCUCUGUAUUUUUAACAGAUCUUCCUUUGUUUGGACACUCUUUCUGUUUCUGGCAUAUGUGAGAAGUUAGGAAAUCAUUGUUAUGAAUGAUGACCCUUGUGGUUUGUCAGGAAACUUACUGGGUAGGCUAUCAAACAGUUAAGAGCAAUUAUUCUGUUCCUAGUGUUCAGUGUCAUAGUUUGCAGGUGAAGUGGAACAGUGCAUGAAAAUAUGCACAAAGAACGAGUAGUUUAUGAUUAGGCUUUGUUCUCGGUUCAACUGAUAAUGCAACACUUACACUUUGUAACUUUAAUCAUUUCAAUGAAAAUGAAACAAAAAUGCUAUGUCCCAGUGUUCACAACAGUAAAAACAAUUGUUUGACUCAACUGUUAAGUCUCUUUAACUGCUUUUUGUGUGAUUGCAGACAAAAUCUUACAGAACGUGCUGAUGGAGAUUGAAACAAUAGUUUAAAAGUUUGGAUACUACAGUUUGAUGUUAUAGAGCAGGGGCCACAUCUGGUCCAAAAGGUGCCUCAUGCAGCCCGCUAAUUUUAAUCAGACACAACAUAAUUUCUUUUUUAACGUUAUAAUUCUGGCAAAACCGCCAUGUUCUGACCUGUAAGAUUUUAUAUCAUGUCCAGUCCAGCCCUCGAGCAAGAAAAGGUUAGGCAACACUGCUAUAGAGUUAAAUGGUUCCUUUAACUUGCAGCAAAGAGUUUUUUAUUACCAUAUUUUAGCUAUAGGGGUCUUUUAUGUUUUUGUUGUUUAUUGUUCCUUUCUUUCUUUCAGUGUCAGUGUCAAAUAGAAAUUUUGUGCAGUUUUAUCUGUAGAAAAAGAUCUGUGCUUAAUACAGUGUUUGUAUUUCAAUCCUCUCCAGUGCACACCAGCUUAUUCAGUCCCUUGCCCAAAAUUAUAGACAUGGGCCAAGUUGUCACAGAUCUUCCCUUAUCUGGCUGUAACUUAUAAUGUUUUCUUGCAGAAAAUAUUACCCAUGUCAUCGCAAAAACAUCUGACUGCGCUGUAUUUUAUGCAGCACUUUUGUUAGUACAUGUGUGUGUAUAUAUAUAUAUUUUCUGCUGGGUAUGACAGAGCUAAAGUAAUUAGUGAAAGGUGGAUCCAACUGCUUAAUAAUUAAAAGCUAACAGAAGUGUCAAACUAAGCUCAAAGUUGAAUGAACUUAGUAUCAUAAACAGAUAGAAAAAUACACCUUAUAGGUGCUUGAUAGACAUAUUUAAGUAGUUUUUAUAAAUCUUUAAAUAAUAUAUGUUGUAGACAAGCAUGGUCUCACAUGUUGCAGAUUUUCUUGUGUAAAAUUUCAUGAGGUUUGAUUGUGAAUAUGGACAACAAACAGGUUAACAUAGUGCAAUAUUCCAGUCAACAUUUUAAUUAACUAAUAUUUUUCUAAUGUGAAUCUAAAGCAUUCAAUAUAUUCCAUUGCAGUUAUCAGUGCUUUUUAUAAUCCCAUAGCAUGUAUGUUCUCACAAUUGUAGUUUGAGCAUAUAAAAUACUCUUUUCUAAAGUAUGAAAUCUGGAACAUGGUAUAACAAAGAGAGUAUGUAUGUGACAAACAAGACCUACCAUUGACCGCUGGUAUCCCUCUGUUGCAUAGUCAGCCUGGUGACAGGGUGUUAGAAGUUCCAUCUUUCUCAGGCCACUCAGCUGUUCAUUAUUUGCAAAUGACCUGCAGCAUCUACUUGAGGAAUCUUGUUAACAAAUAUUAUUCUUAAUAUUUAUUGGUUGCUGUUUUUUGAAAGUUAUUAUCCUGUGUCAUUGGCUGCUGGAGUGCUGUCUGCCUCCCAGGAUGAGAUAUUGUUACUUUAAAAUACAUUAUCAAAAUACCUGAACAGAUUUAUUUAUUAUCUGCAUUUUGCAUUUAUCUACAAGUAGGUUUUACUCCUUUUUUUCCCUCUUCUGUGUAUCCAAGGUCUGCAUGUUUUAUGUUUAACUAAUCUGCUGUGAAGAAACUAAAGGUGAUGUUGCAAUUGUUCUUUUUGGUUACUAGUAGUUUUCAUGUCUUGGCUCUAAAUAUUCAUAUUUUGUCAGUCAGGCAUUUUAGAUUGCAGAAUUUUAUGCUGGGGAAGGGGAAUUGCGGAAUACUUGUGUGUUCAUCCGGUUUAUUCUUUUUUUUUCCCCACUCUUAGGGACAAUUAAUAGUCUGCUAGCCCAUGCAUUUAAAAGAACUGACUGAUGAAGGCUAAAGUUGCUUGUGCUUAAACUGUUUUUACAAAACUAAGAGUAAAUUCCUGGGAGUCAGCUGAGAUAUGGUCAGUUUCCAGGUGGGCACAUUUACUGCUAUAGCUGACACAGUGUCUUCUAAAGCAUUACUCUGGCAGUUUUAUCAACUCUGACCCAGAUUAAUGAACAUGUAAGUAAAUGUUAGCAGAUUUAGUAUGCUAUCGGCUUUCAUUCUACAAACCCUUUGGCUUUGAAUUAAUCAGUCUUUAUUGUCUGCAUAAGGUACUGCUCCAGAACAGAUGUUUGUUUUUGGCUCACACAAGAAUUACCUAAAAAUGAAUUUUAUCAAAAUUUUAAACUGAAAUUUUCUUGGAAUUUUUUAGGAGGCUUGAUACAUUUCAGCAAUAAACCAUGAAAAAUUUGAUAUUGUAGAGUAUAUAUUUCAUAUAAAUGUUAUCCAUUCAGCCUUACUGGCAGAGAUGUCAGUAGCUCUUUCAUUACCUUCAGUUGGAGUGCUACAGGGGUGUCCGGUGUUCUUGAAUACCCUUCUUGGUGAUGAGCUGUUUUAUCUGUGGUCUUCUCAUAGAACUCCAGUAAAUCCUCUUUUUCUUGUUGGCCAAAGCAGUUAUGACAUUUUUUUUAAUAGAAUAUUUAGUCUCCCUCCACCUGAGCUGCAUCCCUGAUAUUAACUCGCAAAAUUUAAGAGCCUCGGGUAAAGUUGGGAAAAGGUCAUAGUCUUCUAACACACUUGGGGCUGAAUGAAGUGUGAGAACUAGAAGCAGCUGCCCUGGAAAUGUAAACAUUCAAGAUGGCAAGGUUUCAGUAUUAUAAAGAUGAAUGGGUGUAUUUUAUUUCUGAAAUAACUUUUAGUUAAUUCAUCUGUAGAGUGAAAAAUCUUGGGAUUAAAGUUUCAAAGCAGGCCUGUAAGAUGCAAGAAGACAGAGACUUGGACAACAAUGCUGAGAAUGGUGAUGGCUGUAUGUAUUUAUCUCCAGACCCUCAACUUUUUCAUCUAAAUUUUUAGAGCAUUUAGGGAACACUUUAGAAAUUAACUAGAUGUUUAGGUUGGGUUUUUUUUUUUUUUUUUUUUUUCGACGUUGAGAAUCUGUUGUUUGGUAUGGCAUAUUUAUCUGCAGGUUGAUGUCUCUGUUCAAAUGUCCAUUAUCAGCUGUAAACUUGAGUCUUAUUGUUGGAGAAGGUGACCGUUUCAUUUUGUGCAAGUAUUGAAAGGCCAGUUUGUGAUUUUCUGAUUUAAUGAUACAGCUGUUCUGAAUCUGGACUGAUGCAUGUCUUUGUGCUUACAUAUACAUGUGUGAAUAUAUGCAUCCUGGAUAUAUGCAAACUAUUGUGGCAGGAAUAAAUAUAAAAAGUACAGAAUAUUAUAUUUCAGUCAGAUUUGGAGCAGGUGUAGAGCGGCAGUGUUGAAGUCACUCAAAAUAGGCAAUUGAUAUAAAAAUUCUCAUACCCUCAUCAAUACCCAUUCUAUUUACUAAACCAUAACUAAGAAUUUGACCAUUUAAAAAAUAUCACUUUAUGAUUUUGCUUUCUUACCUUCAGGUCACUUCAGUGUGUUCAGUCUUUUUUUUAAUUGCACAUUUUGUAUUGACACAAUGAUUUGUACUCAAGUCCUGCUGUGUGUUGAAGAAGAUUAUUAUUAUUAUUUUUUUGUAUGUUAGCAGCAGGCACUUACAAAAACAACUACUUAAAAAUGCCCAAUGUUCAACAUUUUCUGGGAGCACCGUUUAAAGGGAUUUACAUUCGCAGGUGCAUGGAAAUGCACACAUACAAAUUAGAUGCAUGUACACACUCUUGUUAUCAUACAUGUUAAUUGAAAUGUUCAGCUAUGUUUAUUAUUGUAAAUAAAUGUUUUCUAAUAUUUAAAAAAAACUA